AUGCGUGUAUCAUUCGUCGUGGCUCUCGGCCUCGUGAGUUUUUCACAAGCUCUGGAUCACGUGAAAUUCGGAGCCAGCCGCGUCAUCCAGCCGAAUCCUUGUGCGCACGAGCGUACCGGCGAAGAGGGUGUCUGCAUGUUUGCUUGGGACUGCCUGAAUUUGAAUGGAACUCACAUCACUUUCUGCCGCGAUCGAUUCUACUACGGGAGCUGCUGCAAGCUUCCCGAAGGCGUUCAAGCUCCCAACCGGAGUCCACCCGGCUACCAUAAUCCGCCGUCCAAUCAUCUCGAUGCAACGACUCGCCGACCUGUCACAACGACGACACCGGACGCGAUCGAAGUUCAAUAUGGAGAAGACGUAGCCACAUCUAGACCACCCGUCGUCGAGGUGCAGUUUCCAAGGGACCCAACGCCGAAACCCACGAUACCACCUGCCAUUCCGACGCUCUAUCCCAUAGUUCCUCCCACAACACAACGGAGACCGAUAGUUGUGAACAACCACCACAAGAAGCCCGGCCAGUUCCCGCUGAAGGGCACCACUGUUCCCCCCACCCCGCGUCCUCGACCCACUGAAGAGGUGACCACGAUGGCCAUCACCGAGGUGCCGACAGGCAACCCGACGUGGAUAGUCGCCGACGAGGCGGACAAGAACGGUCGUCCCACAACAACUCCUGAAGCUCUGGAGGACUCGAGUCCGGUGGCAACCAACCCAGAUUCUGUCGGGACGACUCAACGACCAGCGAUCGCAGAAACGACGAUCCGGACCUCGGAAGAAACGACCACCGCGCCCCCAUUGACUACAACAGCGGCUGCCGAGACAUCGACGACUUUUUCCUCAGCAGAUGUGACCACAACGACGGCCGCUGCCGCGGCUGAUGCCGAGGACACCCCAGAGCAAACUCAGUCUCCUGAAGGAGCGCCCGGUCCGAUUCAGGAGCAGAACUCGAUCGACUUGACAACAGAAUCGAUUCCCACGACCACACGAUUUUUCUCUACCCGAUACCCUAUCAGGUUCCCCCCGAAAGAGAAAGUCACAACCACCACAACAGAAGAGCCCGAAAUGAGUUCCGAGCCCGCUACCGCGGCAACCCCCGCCGUCAAGGAGCCAGAGACGGCUAGCCCAGAAGCUGACCUCCCGACGACGACUUCCACCACCACAACAACGACGCCAAUAACAACGACGACAGCAGAACCCCAAGCUCCAUCGGAGAGCGUAUCGGGGAGCGCUGACAAUGCUCCCGUUCCCACGGAAGCGGGACCGAUCGUUGAAAGUACGUUAACGCCGCAGCCCGCGAGUAGCGAAAUUCCUCAAGUGAGCUCUGAGAGUCCAUCGUCCGCGUCGACUGAUCCGACGGAAGAAACCGUGACCCCCACGAAAGCUGUUCCGUCAGUACCGGCCACCGCAGCGAGCGACCCGGUCACGGAAUCGACGUCUACAUCGUCGACGACGACGACGACAACGUCGACCACCACCACUACUCAAGCGAUAGAGACUACGACCGAAUACGAUCCAAUCAAAGCAAUUUGUGGGAUGCCCAAGAGUUUUGCCUCGGGGCGCAUUGUUGGUGGCGAGCUCACUCGUUUCGGAAAAUGGCCGUGGAUGAUAUCUCUCCGUCAAUUCAAGAAGAACUCUUUCGUUCACAAGUGUGGGGCCGCCCUCUUGAACGAGUACUGGGCCGUGUCGGCAGCUCAUUGCGUUCACAACGUUUCCCCCAACGAUAUUCUGCUCAGACUGGGUGAAUACGAUCUCAGUGGACACGAUAAGGAACCUCUGGGACACAUUGAGCGACGAGUCCAAAUAGUGGCCACUCAUCCAAGAUUCGAUGCGCACACAUUUGAAUACGAUUUGGCUCUGAUGAGAUUCUACGAGCCGGUAACGUUCGCGGAUAAUAUAAUUCCGAUUUGUAUAGCCGAGGGUAAUCAUAGCUACGUCGGAGAAACCGCUGUCGUCACCGGCUGGGGUCGUCUAUAUGAAGACGGACCGCUGCCAUCGGUUCUCCAGAAAGUGCAAAUUCCAAUCAUCACCAAUCAGGAAUGCGAGAGAUUGUACCGCAAAGCCGGCUUCGUUGAAGACAUACCUCAGAUCUUCAUCUGCGCAGGAAUGCCGUCCGGUGGCAAGGACUCCUGUGAAGGAGACUCCGGCGGUCCUCUGGUGUUGAAGGAUGAAGAGAGCGGACAAUGGAAUUUGAUCGGAAUUAUCUCGUGGGGUAUCGGGUGCGCGAUGCCGAAUCAGCCCGGAGUCUAUACGAGAAUCACCAAAUUCGCCGAUUGGAUUAAGCAGAUAAUUGUGUUUUAA